AUGUGGAAAUCGAAAGUUGCGAAAGUGCUGAGAAAUUCUGGUAAAGCCUACCAGUCUAUGUUAAAAUCAAAAUUACAAGUGCCAGAGAGAAAAGUCGGCCUCCACUGUGGAGAAAAAUGUCGGCUAAAAUGUAAAGAUAAGAUCAAUGAAAUAUCAAGGCAACAGCUUUUUGAUGCAUUUUGGGGACUCAGCAAUCUUGAAAGGCAGAGAGAAUUUAUAGUGCGACACUCACAAAAAAUAAAACCUAAAUAUCGAUACUCAAGCACACAAGAUUUUAGAGCUCUUAACACUGCGUUUUAUUUUGAGGUUGCUGGAUCCAAAAUUAGAGUUUGCAAACCGUUUUUCAAAUCGACUCUCGGGAUGAGUUAUAAAGCUAUACAAACGGCACUUUCCAAGGUCUCUGAAUCAGGAGUCAUACAAGGAGAUUUGAGAGGAAAACACGGCCAUCAACCAACUAUUGAUCCACAAAUCAAACAGAGCGUUAUUGAUUUUAUAAAUUCUAUUCCAAAGAUUGAGUCUCAAACGAAAAGACAGUAUAUUUCAAGUGAGAAAUCAUUGGCGGAUAUCUACAGAGAUUACAAACAAUUUCGUGAAAAGGAUGGUUUAGCUAUUGCCACGUCUUCCACAUUCAACAGGAUAUUCAACACUGAAUUCAACAUUUCUUUUUUUCGUACCAAAAAAAGAUCAAUGCGAUCUGUGCGAAAGGUAUAA